UAAUAAUACACUAGUAAGUAGGUAUGAUAAUAUUAUAUUGUACUUAAUAAUAUAUAUAAAGAUUUAACUGCUAAUUACUGAUCGUAUACCGUCGACCGGAUCGGAACCGAGCGGUCGAGUCAGUUCGUUUUUGUCGUUUUCAUUCGAUCAGACCAUACCUACACCUUAUCGAUAACUAUAAGUACUCGAAAAUUACGGUUUAAAAAGAAUCAUCCGUUUUCACGAUAUAAAUAUAUAACAUAAUUUAUAGUUGGCAUGUAUACGAAUUUGUCUUCAGUGGCACGUUUUUUUUUCGGACGUUAAAUAAAAUAUAAAAUAAUUAUAUUGGAGAAAAUAGGUAGCGACGAAUAAUGACCGCUGCGGCUAAGACCUGCACCAUGGACGCCAUCAACAAGGGCGUACAUCUAUCCGGUGCCAUGCUCUUCACUUAUUCACUAUACUAUUAUUACACCUAUGUCAACAUACCAGCCCACCUCAACCCCUUGGAUGAAGCCUUCGGCGGGAAAUUCAAAUAUCUAACCUUCUGCAAUAUGGUCAUCCAAACGGUUUUUUACCUAUACGCAGUGUUCGUCGAUCACAUCGCCGUACGCACUUGUUCUGCUGUCACAUCAGAGUCGUUGAAAAGGAGCAAACACAAUUUUUUCACAAUUUUUGCAUUUCCACUGUCGAUGUUUAUUGCAGUAAGCUUUUGGCCAAUGUGGUUUGCUGACAAAUCUUUAGUUAUGCCUAUGCACUAUGAUCUAUACUUUCCGUCUUGGCUGAAUCAUGUAACACAUGCCCAUAUUUUUAUAUUUGCAAUAUUGGAAAUGAUCACGACUUACAGAGAAUAUCCAUCCAGGAUUACAGGAUUAUCUGUUUUUAUUACUUUUAAACUUUGUUAUUUGAUUUGGAUUAACUAUGUAUUUUACAAGAGUGGCAUGUGGGUUUACCCCAUUCUUGCAAAACUGAAUUUGCCAUUGCGAGUGAUUUUCUUCACGGGAACUUUUUUAUAUGCUCCAUUUACCUAUCUAGUUGGUGAAUAUUUGAAUAAUACCUACUGGGGUGUUCGUCCUUCAAAUAAAUCAAAUACUUUAAAGAAAGAAUAAAACAUUAAUAUGACAUUAUACUCAACAUUGUACCUAUGUGUUUAAUGUUGCACCAAAAUGUCCAGAUUUAUACCUAUAAAUCGUAUGUAUGCGUUAUUUUUGAUUUGUAUAAAAUAUAUCAAAAUAUGAUCUAUUAGUAUAAGUAGGUAUACUACCUAUUAAUCAUAAUAUUAUAUGUAUGCACUAAAUGUCUACAAAUAACACAAUAAACUAUAUUAUAUAACGUGUUA